AUGGCCGAACACCUCGAAGACGACGACAAAGAAGCCCUAGCAUCUCUUUCGAACGAGCCUACUCCACGAAAGUCUCAUUCCCACAGCCAACAGCUCCGAACAAGCACCGGUGUCUUCCGUAAACGUCACCACCAAGUCCGCAAACACAGCCUCGACGAAAGGGAGCAGACACGAGGAGAUUCCGACGACGAUCUCUACCACCACUCCGCCUCCGUCUCUGCCUCAGCCGCUAUAGACCACGUUUCUCCCGCCAUAGGCGGAAGUAACCGGUAUGAAUAUCGUCUCGAUCAACAAGUUGGCGGCUAUGAAGUGGGAGGCAAUGAAGGAGGAGGCGGAGGCGGAGGGUAUUCUCUACCCGAGUUCGUGGCGAGUGGAGGAACCGGGAUAUUUAAGGUCCCGGUUCGUGCUGCUGUACACCCUACUCGUCCUCCUUGUCUUGAAUUGAGACCCCAUCCUCUGAGGGAGACUCAGGUGGGGAAGUUUUUGAGGACGAUUGGGUGCACGGAGAGUCAGCUUUGGGCGGGACAGGAAUCGGGGUUGAGAGUUUGGAACUUGUUGGAUGCUCAUGAGCCCGGGUUAGGGAUGGGUGGAAGAGCUAGACGUGGAGAUGAAGACGCGUCUCCUUUUUAUGAAUCCGUUUCCACGUCUCCCACGAUGUGUUUGGUUAUAGAUUUGGGUAAUAAAUUGGUUUGGUCAGGACAUAAGGAUGGUAAGAUUAGAUCUUGGAAAACAGAUCAAGCUAUGGAUGAUAAUCCUUUUAAAGAUGGUCUUUCUUGGCAAGCUCAUCGCGGUCCUGUUCUUUGCAUGGCCGUCAGCUCUCACGGUGAUAUAUGGACAGGUUCAGAAGGUGGUGUUAUAAAGAUAUGGUCAUGGGAAGCCAUUGAAAAAUCUCUAUCGCUCUCUUCAGAGGAAAGACACAUGGCUGGUUUGUUGGUGGAGAGAUCAGGCAUAGAUCUUAGGAGUCAAGUUACUGUUAAUGGCGUCUGCAAUAUAUCUUCUUCCGAAGUCAGAUCCUUGUUAGCCGACACCGUUCGAGCUAAAGUUUGGGCUGCCGGAGCUUUGUCCUUUUCUCUAUGGGAUGCUCGUACGAGGGAACUCUUGAAAGUAUACAAUGUCGAGGGUAACAUUGAGAACAGAGUAGAUAUGCCCACCAAUGCAUCAACACAAGAACAACAACAGGUGGAUGAAGACAUGAAAGACAUGAAAGACAUGAACGUUAAGAGCGGUUCCAAAUCGAAGAAGGAAAAAUCUCAAGGGAGCUUUUUGCAACGUUCACGUAAUGCGAUCAUGGGAGCUGCGGACGCAGUCCGACGAGUGGCGACAAAGGGAACAGGUGCGUUCGUGGAAGAUGCUAAACGGACGGAAGCUUUAGUUAUGACUGCCGACGGUAUGAUAUGGAGUGGAUGCGCAAACGGAAUACUCGUCCAAUGGGAUGGAAACGGCAUUCGUUUACAAGAUUUUCAACACCAUCCUUGCGCCAUUCAAUGUUUUUGUACAACGGGUACACGGAUAUGGGUCGGAUAUGUUAGUGGCGUUGUACAAUUAUUGGAUCUUGACGGAAACUUGAUCGCCGGUUGGGUGGCUCAUAAUGGUCCGGUGAUAAAGUUAGUUAUUGGGGGUGAGUUUGUUUUCAGUUUGGCUACUCACGGUGGAAUACGUGGAUGGAACAUAACGUCUCCGGGACCAAUUGACAAUAUUUUGCGAUUGGAAGUAUCAGAAAAGGAAGAGAUGUAUACUAAACAGGAGAAUAUUAGGAUUUUGAUUGGAACUUGGAAUGUUGCUCAGGGAAGAGCUUCUCAUGAGGCUCUUAUGACGUGGUUAGGCUCCGCUAUUUCCGACGUCGGCAUUGUUGUUGUCGGUUGUCAAGAAGUUGAAAUGGGUGCUGGUUUUCUAGCCAUGUCUGCCGCCAAAGAAACGGUAGGACUUGAAGGGAGUUCUACAGGACAAUGGUGGCAAGAUGCCAUUGGCAAGGCCUUAGAGGAAGGAAUCACGUUUGAACGUGUUGGUUCAAGACAAUUAGCAGCUUUGCUUAUAGGCAUAUGGGUUCGAAAGAGCCUUAGGACGCAUGUUGGAGACCUCGAUGUAGCCGCGGUUGCUUGUGGCUUGGGUCGUGCCAUUGGCAACAAGGGAGGUGUAGGUUUGAGGUUGAGAGUAUAUGACCGUAUUAUGUGCUUCGUUAAUUGUCACUUGGCCGCACAUUUGGAAGCAGUCAAUCGUAGGAAUGCUGAUUUCGAUCAUAUUUAUCGAUCAAUGGUGUUCACCCGCUCGACUCACAUCCCUAACGCGGCUGCAGGUAAGAUGUCACACAACAUUACGAAUUCACAGGGGAUCGUUCAAGAUGAGGUGAGGCCGGAUUUGGCCGAAGCGGAUCUUGUUGUAUUUCUUGGCGAUUUCAACUAUCGACUCUUUGGCAUAUCGUAUGAUGAGGCGAGGGAUUUUGUUUCUCAAAGAAGCUUUGAUUGGCUGCGGGAGAAAGAUCAGCUAAGGGGGGAGAUGAAAGCGGGGAAAGUUUUUCAAGGGAUGCAUGAAGGAAUUAUUAAAUUCCCCCCUACUUACAAGUUUGAAAAAGGAAAACCAGGUUUAGGAGGAUAUGAUUCUGGAGAGAAGAAACGCAUACCGGCAUGGUGUGAUAGGAUACUAUACCGCGAUAAUCGACUACUUCCAACAUCACAAUGUGGCUUAGAAUGCCCCGUUGUUUGCUCUAUAUUACAGUACGAGGCUUGUAUGGAUGUUACGGAAAGCGACCACAAGCCAGUUAGAUGCAAAUUGAAUCUCGAGAUGGCACACGUCGAUAGAUCGGUGAGAAGGAAAGAAGUGGGGAAUAUCGUUAAGAACAACGAAGAAAUUAGAUUGUUACAAGAAGCAACACGAUCUGUUCCAGAAACAAUCAUAGACACAACAAACAUUACCCUUCAAAACCAAGAAGCCUUCCCUUUAAAAAUUACUAAUAAAAGUGAAAACGAUCAUGUCGCCUUCCAAAUCAUAUGUGAGGGUUUGUCUAUCGCGAAAGAGGAUGAGGGCGAACCAGAAUAUCGCCCAAGAGGUUCCUUCGGGUUCCCUCGUUGGCUUCAGGUAUUGCCCGCAGCUGGUCUGAUUGGACCUGAUCAAACCAUGGAGAUAUCGAUCGCUCACGAAGAACCGCAUGAAGAACAUGCCGAUGGAGUUCCACCGAGUUGGUGGUCCGAAGAUAAUCGAGACAAGGAAUUAAUUUUGUUGGUGAAUAUACGAGGAAGCUGCUCAAGCGAGUCAAAGUGUCAACGGAUCAGUGUCCACCACAGUUUCUCGAAGACUCCUCAAAAUCCCGACUCAAAAAAUAAAAAAAGCCAAGGAAGUUACCAGCAAAGGACCUCGCUUAAGCAAUCUGGUAAUGACGAAGAACUCCAAAGUCUUCGUGGUGGUGGUGGUGACGGUGGUUCUUGA